AAUUCAGAAAUCGAUAUAAAUGAUUUUGUCUAUGUGGAAAAACACUUUGUAGGAACAUCUUCUUUUAUCGGUUCCGCUAAUAUUAGUUCAGAAGCGUCGUCAUAAGUAGUAAUUUUACAGGGCUAUCUUUGUAUAUAUACGCAUAUGUAUGUUAAUUGUUUUUAAAUUUUGGUUUUAUAAAUCGCUACUCGAAUAUCACGCAGUCCUAAAGUUACGUUCACAUAACAACGUAGGAAUAUCAAUAAAUUAGACAUCUAGUAUUACUGUAGCCAUUGAUUUACACUUUGGCGGUAAUGUGAAUAACGGUAACAAUAGUGGAGCCGGUGGUUCAGACAUUCGUUUCAUUAAUGAUAUUACUUUUGUUAAAAUUAAAAUAUGGGUAUUACGGGAUUACUUCCAUUCCUAGAAAAAUGUUCCGAAAGAACGAAUAUUAAUAAGUUUUCUGGUGGCACUGUUGCUAUUGAUACUUAUUGUUGGCUACACAGAGGUGUAUUUGCUUGUGCCGAUAAGUUGUCCAUGGGACAACAGACAAAAGCAUAUAUUAAUUAUUGUAUGAAACAAAUACAUAUGCUGCUUGCUUAUAAAAUAAAACCAAUUCUUGUAUUCGAUGGACGACAUUUGCCUGCCAAAGCGCAAACUGAAGCUAAACGACGAGAAGCCAGGGAGACAAAUCGGCGCAAAGCUGCUGAGCUAAUGCAAAUGGGGCAACAUGCAGAGGGUAGAAAUUUAUUAAGAAGAUCUGUAGAUAUUACCCAUGAAAUGGCUUUAGAAUUGAUCAAAGAAUGUCACAAAAUGAACAUUGAUUGUAUUGUGGCACCAUAUGAAGCAGAUGCACAAUUAGCGUAUCUUAAUAUCAAUGGGAUUGCUGAUGUUGUUAUCACUGAAGAUAGCGAUUUAACAUUGUUUGGUUGUAAAAAAAUUUUUUUCAAAAUGGAUGCAUACGGUAAUGGGCUUUUAGUUCAACAAGAUCUAAUACAUCUUGCAAUGGGUGUGAGUUCUGCAGAUUUCAGUUUAGAUGAAUUUCGGUAUAUGUGUAUUUUAUCAGGUUGUGAUUAUUUAUCAUCUCUGCCUGGUAUUGGAUUAAGUAAAGCAAGGAAAUUUAUUAGGACCAAUAAAGACUGUAAUAUACAUAGAGCAUUAACUCGAUUAGGAUCUUAUUUGAAUAUGAAAUCCUUAGUUGUAACACAAGAAUACAGAGACGCAUUUAUAUUAGCAGAUAUUACAUUUAAACAUCAGUUAGUAUUCUGUCCUUUACAACGAAAACAAGUUCGGUUAAAUCCACCUAUGUCGGAUGUGACAGAGGAACAGUUAUACUACGCUGGUACGGAGACAAGUCCUGAUAUUGCGCUACAGCUUGCUUAUGGAAACUGUGAUCCAUUUACUUUAAAAAUGCUUCAUAAUUUUGAUCCUGAUAAAACGGAGAUUCUUAAUAGUAAAUCUAAUAAUACAUGGAGACAAAAAAUGUUACAUCCUCAACACAUUAGUAUUUGGUCAAAGAAAUAUGUAUCAAAGCAAAAUCUGUUGCAAUCCUUUAUUCAAAAAAAAGAUCUGACAACCUGGCCUAAUACAGUGGGUAAAGAAGCAGUUCUCAACACGAAUCGAUUAAGAAAUGCUUGUUUAGUAAUAGAAGAGGAUCAUCCUGAUUGCAAAGAGUUAAAUCAAAAAGAAAUCUUAGAUAUAUAUGAAGAUAAAAAUACAAAGGAAAUUAAAAGUAAUUUAGAGAUUGAUAGUGUUCCUAGCGAUGAAGAAAUAUCACCUGUUUUGAUUAGAAGAACAAAUCUGUUUGCAAAACAACCAUCGUCUACUAAAACUUCUCCGAGCCUUUUGUUUAAACAUAAAAGUCGAGUAAAGGGUCGACAUAUUAUGCGUCUUAGACGAACAAUUGUAAAUGAAGAAGUUGUUACAGAAAGUAAAUUUUUUGCUAAACCAACUAAUGAAACAGAUAGUAAUGUUGUAACUAAUGACAACACACUAUGUCCAACUGAUAAUUCGAAUAAAAUUUUAUUGGAAAAAGAAAACAUAAAUAAAAACGAAUCUAAAGAAACAAAUGAUAUUAAGUUACAAGCUUUGAUGAUAACUGACGAAGUGAAAACUGAUACAUAUCGUAUGGAUGUAGACGAAGAACAUAAUGCAUCAAAUGAGUGCAAAGCUACCAAGUAUUCAAAUAGUUCCUUUAAUUGUGAUCUAAUGACAUCACCUGUAAAUGUUCAGAUAAGCGAAGUUCUCACACAUAAAACUAAUAUAAAUGAAUCAUGUAAUUUAAAUAGUUCAUUGACAGUAUCAGAAGUAGAUACGGAUUUCGAUUUUUUAAUUCAGCAAGGAGAUAUAAGUACUUUGAGUAAUAGUUCAUUUAAAUGGUCUGAUACAAGACAAUGUGUUCAAAUAAAUAAAAAAGCAAAGUGUGAUAAAUAUAGAAACUCAAAAUCUCGUACAGUUGUAAAUAAUACACGUCGGAGUCAACAACUUUGUUCGGUCCAAAGACAACAAGGUUUAUUAAGUAUGUAUGGAUUCGAGAAAAAAAUAUUUAUUUUCAGAAUUGGCAUAAAAAGUGAUUGAAAUUAAUAGCUUAAAUUAUAGCUGUGCUACAAUUACUAGUGAUAUUAAAUAAACGUAUAAAAUUAUUUACAACAACGUGAGAAGAUCUUCAAAUAAUUGAGUUGCAUUUAUAAAGUAAACAUUUAUUCUAAAUAAGGUAUACAUUUUUAUAUACACCUGU